ACAGGGAUGUCCCGCUCCGCUCAGCUGUAACCUGUGUGACAACUGCUCCUCGCCGAGAUAGGAGGCUCAGAGCCGAGGGGACCACUCUCACUCUUGGACUGACGGCGUUCGAGGCGAGCCUCUGAAGCUCAGUCCCUCCUCACAUUUCAGAAGACUACUCUACAUCGUUUUUUCGCCUCGCCACUUUUGCACUGGAGCAGAGCACAACCUCCUCAGGGCCGAAUCUGCUCUCCUGCACUUCCACGAGCCGGGCGGUGAGGCGGAGGCCGCGCCAGUGUGUUUCAGCCGAGGAUAUUACCUCAUAGAGGAUAAGCUGUGAUCGGAGAGGUCUCUCACUCUGACUCCAUUACUCCUCGCUCCUUAUCUGAGCAGGUUUUCUUGUUCGCGUUCAAAAAGGGGAAGUUUUGACAGCCAGACUUUACAGCCGCCCUCUCUGCUCUGUGGCUCCUGACAGAGAGAAAGGGAGAGAGAGAGAGAGUGGAGAGGUGGUGACUUCAUUCCCUCCUCCUUCUUUGAGCUUUCUGCUGUGUGUGUGUGUGUGUGUGUGUGUGUGUGUGUGUCUUUCUCUCUCUCCAGCACAGCACAGUCAGGCAGCAUGCCAGCAGUUCUCAUCUUGCUGCGGUCCCUGGUUAUCAGGCUCCUCAGUAGCAGACUGGCAGGCUCAGUGGCACGGUUCCUCAGGAGAAGCCUCUCUACGGGCGCUGCCCACCUUGGCACGGCGCUGCGCCACGUCUGGGACCGCGUUCGAUCCCAGGAGUCCAAGGAAGCCGUCCUGGGCUGUGUGCUCUGCAUUCUCAACAUGCACAAGAAGGUGGAGAACUGAGCUCUGCCCCCCC